AUGUUAUUUAGAAUUUUGACUCAAUUACCAAAAUCCAUUUUUAAUACUCGCUUGCCGAUAAUUCCAUUUACGAAACCAUUAAAUCUUAAGAAGUUUAACCCCCAAAACAGAACAUACCUCUACCAUACCAGAAGAAGAGAAAAUAAUAAGAACUAUCAAUCAUAUUUUUACAAUCAUGAUUCAUAUCAAUAUCAAAACCAAUACUCUUACAAAAGAUUUAACAGUAGUCCUCAACAAAAUAGUAAGACUUUGUGGCAAGUACUAAAUGAUCCCUCCAACAGAAAGUACCUCUAUAUGAUCCUUGGUGGCGGAGCUUUUUUCUAUGUAACUCAUUUAGAAGCAGCCCCUGUAUCGUCUAGAAGAAGAUUUAUUUGGAUUCCAAGAUCUAUUGAAUUAGCUAUAGGCAAAUCUUCAUAUAAAUCUAUCUUAAAUGAGACAAGACACAGUAUCCUUCCCUCUAACCAUCCAGUGUCUAAAAAAGUAGAAACAAUUUUUACCAAGAUCGUAGAGGCGGCAGCAAAAGACCCUUCAGUUAAUACAACUCUUAUAGAUGGAAUAGAUUGGAAGAUCCAUGUAGUCAAUGACCCCAGAGCGCCUCCCAAUGCAUUUGUUUUACCAGGUGGGAAAGUAUUUGUAUUCAGUAGUAUCUUAAGGAUUUGCGAAAAUGAUGAUGGGAUUGCCACGGUGCUAUCACAUGAAUUUGCACACCAACUGGCUAGACAUACAGCAGAAUCUUUAUCGAAGGCCCCCCUCUAUUUAAUGAUCGACUUAUUACUCUACUCUAUCACUGGUAUCCAAGGCGUAAAUGGGUUAUUAACCGAUGCAUUAUUAAAAAUGCCUGCUUCAAGACAAAUGGAAACAGAGGCCGAUUAUAUUGGACUGAUGAUAAUGGCCAGAGCAUGCUUCGAUCCCAAUGAGGCUGUAAGAGUAUGGGAGAGGAUGGCUGCAUUUGAAAGACAACUUAAAGGUCAAGGUUCCCCAUUGGAAUUUUUGUCAACUCAUCCUGCUAGUGAGAAGAGAAUCCAAAAUAUGUUGAGCUGGUCUAAUAAAGCUAAUGCUCUUUAUGAACAAUCAGAAUGUAACAGAUAUUUAGGCUAUUAUAAACCUUUUCAAGAUAUGUUUAUGAGCCCAUCCUGA